AUGAGUAGCUGGAGCGGGAGAUCACAGAGGAGGAAAUUUGCUGCGCCAUCACACAGAUGGGUGGCCAAAAAGCUCCGGGAUCGGACAGUUUGCCAGCUUGGUUUGACCAUGAUAAUUGAUCCAUCAUUGGGGAGGAGGUUUGAUUUGGCGUAUUGGGAAUGGAAAUUCAGUGUCUAUUUGGGGGGUAAAUGGAUUCCAUAUCCCUCUACUUAUUCUAUACAGUCUCCUUGCCGAAUAUUACAAAGAGAUGCAAAGGUUAGUGAGUUGAUUGAACCAACUUCUUCAAGGUGGAACAUUCCUCUUAUCAGGGAGAUAUUUUGGGAAGAAGAAGCUGAUUUGAUAUGUGGGUUACCGUUGAGCAGAUAUAACAUGCAAGAUAGGUUGAUAUGGAAAUGUACAAGCUCGGGCGAAUUUUCGGUUAGAAGCGCAUACCACCUAGAGCUUGAGAGAAAUGCAGCAAACUACGGUGGAGGAUCCAAACAAUCAGAUUAUAAUGCCAUCUGGAAGAAUAUAUGGAAUUUAACGGUGUCCAACGCCACCAAGGUUUUCAUAUGGAGGGCUUGUAGUAAUAUCCUUCCCACAAAAGAAAACCUCAAAAAUAGAGGGGUGUUGGAGGAUGCAAUUUGCAUUUUAUGCACUAGAGAAGUUGAAACGAUUGCCCAUGCACUAUGGCACUGCCCCGCGGCUCAAGAUGUUUGGAGAAUAAGUGCACACUCUCUGCAGAAAAACGCUAUAUGGAAGAGGAGAAAUGAAGUAACUCAUGGUGGCUUAUUCAAGCACCCAGUACAGAUAGCCCAGGACGCCAUGGCACAAUGGAAAUCAUGGGACAAAUCUCUUGAGCAACAGGAGAAUGUGGACGUUAUGGAACCAAGUGUAACCGCCCAUCAGUUUCGGUGGAAAGCACCGGCAGAUGAUAUGUUCAAAGCAAAUUGGGAUGUGUCGGUGAAAUCUGUCUCAAGGAGAUUUGGAGUGAGUAUCAUCGUUCGGGACUCUAGGGGGAGGUAUGUGCAGCCUCUUGCUUGCUGA